AUGUCCUUUCAGCUAUUACUGCCAUCAAACAAGUCUCACCCGCCAGACCCCACAAGCUAUCAGACAGCAUACUGCGGAAUUGUCUACGAUCAAGAUGGAAAUUUCCACCACUUCGUUCGCCAAAUAGACUCGUCGCACCUGGAAAACGGCUAUUGGAAGUUUCAGUCUGUCGAUGAUGACCGGCGCGCAUUCUCCCGUGGCUUCACUACGCCCGAAGCUCUGCUUGUUGCGGCAGAUCGUACCGAUGAGAAAUUUGACGACAUUACCCUGCGAUGGGUGAGAGGGACCAGUGAUCCCAACUUGAACAAGGCUUUGAUUGGAACUGCUUCACAGCAUUUGCAGACUAUGUACGAGGUACGCCACCUGCUGAGUCUUCCCAUGUCCCUGCGAGGCCAGAUACCAUUAUAUCCUGUCACUGUAGAUGCGCGAUUGAAGCAGUAUUGGGAAGACAAGUACAAUUUGCAAUGGUCUAUCACCACCGGUCCCGCUUCCCACUCGGCCCCAUUGCCUGCAACGCAUUGCCCGGAUACACCGAGCCGAUCUCAAUCAAAUCCAAUGUCACCGCCAGUACAGGGAUUACGAGAAAAUCCAGUUGCAAAGGCUCCAAUCGAACAAAAAAGCCGUAAAGCGCCGCAGCCAUUGGAAGCCAACCACAUAUCACUAUUUUGUCAAACCAAAGCUACACAAACAACGCUAAAACAGCAUUUAACUGAGUCAGCGUCUUGCGAUUCAGUUGCGGCAAUGGAAGAUUACAGCUCGACACCCCUGCAACAAUGUCCACCUGCGACACCUGUCACAAUGUCAGCACCAGAACAUGUCCAAGACCAAAGAGAAGACGGGCUUUCUUUCUCAUCACCAGUAGUCUUGUCUUCAAGUUCAUCUUCUAGUGAUGUGGAUGAUGAUGGAAUUAGUCCGCCAGAAUUUGUCCACAGGCAGCCAACAGCUUCCUUCGUCGGGAUUGGCACUUCCGUAGGCACUCCACAUACCCCAUGCAUACGCAAAUCAGCACCGCCUAUAUCAAGCAACAUGUGCCAAGCACCAAAAGUAGAUACUCUUCAGGCAACAACAUUCCCACAAGAAAGGAUUUCGUCCCCGCGUUACUACGCCGAGGAAAUACGUAAGCUGCCGUGUACGGAUUGUGGAAAUGAUGACGGCCACAAACCGGAGUGUCACAUUGGCAGCAUCAGCAUGAAGGCGGAUCUUACUGUGCUCGAAUAUCGCAACUUGGCUGAUGCCUGCCAGCGUUUUGAUCCUGGUCCGUGGACCACACACUUUGAUCACUUCCCUGAAGCAGACCCGGGAGAUGCCAGUACCCAGAUUGCUGGUAUAGCAGACAUCAUACGGAACGAAAACAGCUACAAGAAUGAUGCUGAGCUACACAAACUUCCAGACGACUUGAUGAUCGUACUCUGGGCAUUUAAGACGUCGGGGAAUGUGCAUGCCAUAGAGGGGUAA